AUGGUUGAAAUCACACGUACAUCCAAAAGCAUCAAGAGAAAGAGGACAUUGCAGCACCAAAAACCAGCACUUUCAGACAAGGCAUCUCGCUAUCCUGCCAGCUUCUAUUUCUCUGCCUUGACCUACAAACAAGCAUCAGAGUCAUUAUGUGUGUCCCCACAUAGCGUCGUGCUCUCUGUGCCCACACCGCCCAACAAACUGCAGUGCAAUGCCAUUGCUGGAGAUCUGUUCUGUUUGGAUCAACCCAUACGCAAAAUACCCAUCCACUCCAUGGAGCAUUUCCACAAGCAGCACACCAUCACGCAUCUGCAAUGGGAUCCAAAGGGAAAGACGGUCGCGUCCGUUGACGAAACAGGCCGUUUGGCUUUAUGGCAUAUUCAAAGCUCUGUUCAUGAAUGGGAGAUGAUCCACAGUGCUGAUUUGAAGCAACCAUUAGCUGCGUUUUUGUGGCUACAAACGGAUCGUUUGUUUACGCCUCAAGCAGACGGUUCUCUCAAACAAGAACCCGUAGUAGGGCCUCGCAAUUCAUAUGGUCAACUGGCAUUUGUCACAGCAACGGUACACGGCGAAAUCAAAGUGCAUUACCAACGCAGUGGAUCUCUAUUUUCUAGCUUUUCAACACCUAUGCCCAACAUUGGACGACGAGAGAUUAGCAGAGCAGAUGCGGGUUGUUUUGGCAUGUCCCUGGCUGGCUUGGAUGACUGGGAACGCAUCUCGCACGCAGCCAUCACUAUGAGCAAGGAUGGCCACAUUUACUUGGCUUCUCACAAUGCAUCACUACAGCCCAAGUCAGUUGCUAUUCACUCUAUUCGCAUCCAGUUUCCUCAAAAUGCACACGAACAGCAAGGCGCUAUUGAGUGCAAAUCCAUCACCAUCCUCAAACUGCAAAAGCAGCUUUUCAAGAACAUUACACAACUUGCUUUCAGACACACAGCAGCAACAGCACCGCUGGAACUCGUGAUAGGCAUGGGACAAGAAGACGCAUCGUAUGUGUCUACAUGGCAGUUGCAGCACACGAAAAAGUCUAUUCAGAGAGAUUUUGGCGCAGUGACACAGACUUAUAGUCGUUUGGUCUUUCAAUCAGGCAUUCAUAUCGCUGGACGCUUUAUUUCAUCGCUCAAGACAUCAACGCAAGACAGCACCAUCAUGGUAGGACUCUCAGACGGCAGCGUGCAUGCUGAAUUAGCCACAAGUCCGGGCCUAUUAAGGAACAGCUCUGAGAAGGAUGACUCGAUUGACCCUGCAUUCUAUCAGAUCACUGAGCCUCAUACAACAGGAGGAAAGGGUAUCGUUGACCCCAUUGCAGACAUUGCUUUAUCGCCCAAUGGAACACAUGUCAUCUACAGCUUUUCAACUGGCAACAUAGGCGUCUCAAGGUUGACAAGUGACACUUACUCUGAUGCAUACGUCAAGGCAAUCACACAAAAGUUGCAGUUGUGCUUGUUGAACAAUGUGGACUAUCUUGAUCUGAUAUCGGAAUUAGCAAGUAUUCAUAAAUUGGCUCAACACAAAGAUAAAGUCGAUGCUAUUAUCAGCAAUGUAUUGGACGCUUAUGAAAUGCACUAUGGCAAAGCAGAAGAGCUCUCGAAUCGACCACUGGAGGAUUGGAGUCUAGCGAGCCUAGAAACAGCUUACGGCUUUGCAAUGGCUGUGUACAGUCGACUGCCUGAGAAACAGAUUCAAAGCAUCAAUCUGUCAAGGGCCGUGCAACUUCCACUCAUUUUAGAAUGCUUCAUUGCAAGCUGUACUACAGAUUACUCGGAUAUCACAGGCAUCUUGAACAAAUCUACACUAGACGCUAACGACAAGAUAGAAUUCGAUCCUGAUAGUUUAUGGUCUCUGAUUUCCUUAUCGACUUGGAUCUAUGAUUAUUUACGGUGGGUGUUGCGUGAAUGGUAUAUGAUUUUCAAUUGCAAAAAGCCAAAUGAUGCUCAAAAUGCAGACAUCAAUGACAAAUCAGUGCAUGCUGUUUUAUUACUACACCAAGAUUCUAGAAAAACGCUCAGUAACAUCCUGAAACUCAUGCAUUAUUUUAUUCAAUAUACAACAACUACAAGCUAUCAAUUAGAACAUCUACCUAGAUCACAAUCUCUAUUACAAAGAUAUGCAUCCACAUUACUCAACAAUGAGACCAUCACACUCAAGGACAAUAUUGAGUUUUUGAAUGCGCUCGAUUCUCUCAAACCUAAUACAACUCAUGCACCAAAGAACCGCUGGUCCUUACUGCUCUCAUCCAAUCUAAAAGACUAUACCAUUGCCGACAUACAAAAGAUCUCAAACGAAUAUCGCGACAAGUGCGCUCAACCGUCAAUCUACCUUGAAAAUGAACCCCUGUAUACAUUUGAUGUCAUUCGCAAAAGACGACUUCCUUCGCAUGUCAGUACGAUGCAAUGCAUGAGAUGCCAUCAGCCUACUUUGCUUGUGGAUUCUGCAAACGACGUGAAUGAUCCCUGUUUCUCGGCGCAAUGGUACCAAAGUGCAGGAAAGCGUUGUGUUUGUGGAGGCACUUUUUAUUGA